CUCCCGGUUCCCACCUGCAGACUACCUGCCGUGCUGCCGACCGGGGAAGGACGUUACUUCAUCCCUCACACUCACGCUCACACUCACGCACUCAGCCGUCUCGGUUGUGCGUGGCUCCUCCCCGCACUCAUUAAAUGCCCGCUCCGCGCUGCAGCCGGCUGCAGUAGAAGGCAGCGGUGUCAGAGGAGCUGCAGGGCCGGUUCAAGGACCUGACAGCCAGCGAACAUCUGAUUUUUUGUUUCUUUUUUUUUUUUUUUUCCUCCUCUUUUCGGGGCACCAUCACCAAUCCAAGAAGCAACAGCUAUGAAGACCAUUCUGGCUGCGUACUCUGGCGUGCUCAAAGGCACCGGCUCCAGCAUCCUCUCUGCCCUGCAGGACCUGCCCGUGGCAUUCUGGCCCUGCAGAUCCAAGAUGGAGAAACAUCUGCAGGUCAUUUCAGUGCUGCAGUGGGUCGUCAGCUUCUUGGCACUAGGUGCUGCCUGCACUCUGCUGCUCAUCUACAUGUUCUGCACCGACUGCUGGCUUAUCGCUGCCCUGUACACCGCCUGGCUCAUCGUCGACUGGAACACCCCAAAACAAGGGGGCAGGAGGUCGUCUUGGGUGAGGAGUUGGACAGUGUGGACGUAUUUCCGAGACUACUUUCCAAUCAGGCUAAUUAAAACCCACAACCUGCUGCCCAACCGGAACUACAUAUUUGGCUACCAUCCCCACGGCAUCUUCUGUUUUGGAGCUUUCUGCAACUUUGGGACAGAGGCCACGGGCUUCUCCAAGAAGUUCCCGGGCAUCAAGCCCUCCCUGGCGACGCUCGCGGGAAAUUUCCGCCUGCCCGUCCUGCGGGACUACCUGAUGUCUGGAGGGAUCUGCCCGGUGAACAAGAACUCCAUCGACUACCUGCUGUCGCGCAACGGGACGGGUAAUGCCGUGGUCAUCGUCGUGGGAGGAGCGGCGGAGUCCCUGCAAUGUGCUCCGGGCGUGAAUUCUGUCACCCUGAAGAAACGGAAAGGCUUCGUGAGGCUGGCCCUCCAGAAAGGGUCCGACCUGGUUCCAGUGUAUUCCUUUGGGGAGAACGACGCCUACAAGCAGGUGAUCUUCGAGGAAGGGACCUACUCGAGGACUAUCCAAAAGAGGUUACAGAAGAUUUUAGGCUUUGCCCCAUGCAUUUUCCACGGAUGCGGCCUCUUCUUCAGCAACUCCUGGGGCUUUGUGCCUUACAGCAAGCCAAUCACCACCAUAGUUGGGGAGCCCAUCACUGUGCCAAAAAUUGAGGACCCAACUGAGGAGAUGGUGGACAUUUACCAUACGAUGUACAUCAAGUCCCUCCAGUGCCUUUUUGACAAGUACAAGACCCGGUUUGGCCUGAAAGAGAGUGACGUCCUGUACAUCAAUUGAAUGGACAGGGGAGGGGUUCCUGUCGAAGCUCUGAACUGUGGCAGCAUCUGCAGACCAUCCUCACACGCCCCCCCUUUCCCCACCCUGUCCCCCCCGUCCAAUCUUGGUGCCUGGUUUGGAUUAUCUCUGGACUGCGAACACCACACAUGAGUGCAUUUGCUAAAGAAACCUUUGCUCUGUGUGUCGUUACACACGUGCACACAUACCCACAGAAACGCACACACGCAUAAACUUUGUUCCUUCUCAGGAAACGGCGGGUUUGAGAACCGUCACCUCUCCCUGCCACUGACUCCAGCCCAAACGGCGAGUGUAAAAUGUGCCUUUUUUUCUAUCCAUUGACAUUUCUCAGUGAAGGCAUCGAGUUUGGACUGCGUUCAGUCAGUGCAGAGGGGGGGUAAGGUCCACUAGAUGGAGCUGGAAGGUAACAUACAGGACUUAGACCAAGUGCCAAUGUUCUAUUUUCACUCAUGUGUCCAUAUAAUUCUUCCUAAGCUCUCUAAAGGUCCCACUUCAUGCUAAGUGCACAAACAAUGCAAACAGAAGCUACCACUUUAUGAUUGGGACAGCAAGCCCAAAGAUUAAUUGAGCCAAAGACCUAUGUUGUCCCCAGAGAUGCACGUGUUUCUACUGUAUAAAAGCUGAAAGCAAAGGAAUUCUACAGGGUGGACUUAUAUUGUAAAUGCACUAUACAUGCGUGCCUGUGAUUGUUUAAUGCCAUAAAGUAUUAAUUGUAUUCUACAGAGGAAAAAGCCUGUGUAAGUGCCUGUCCCUCAAUGAAUAUCUCUGAUGCACUUUUUGUAUCGCCGAUUACCCUCUGAGGUUUUUGUCUCAAGGAAAAUGCCUUCGAUAUGAGAUUUGUCCAAGAUGGUCUCGGGGCUGCUUGGUUUGAUUUCACUUUCUUGUCCCGCAAGGUGUCCAGGUCUGGAUGGGUGUGGUUUUUGUCUUUGCAACAAAAACUACAGUGUUGUAUUGUGUCUUCAAGCAUUACGGGCUGCAGAGGAGGUAGAUCAGGUUAAGUGGGUGAAAAUACUGAUGUUUGAUGAUUCCAGUCAGUGUACCGAGGAUCUUUUUGAAUCAUGCAAUGGGUGAUGAUUGAAAAGGAAUGGAUUGUACCGGCCUUAUUCCUGGUAUUAUGUCAUGUUUUGGGGGAAGGGGGGUGUCACUAAUACUUUUGUAAAAAAAAAAGUAAUAUGUGAGUAUCCGGGGAAUUGUCAAAACAAAUAAGCUUGUGCCAUGUUGAUGGGGAGGUAGAUUAUAAGAUUGUCAAUAGAAGAACAAUUUCCUGUGGUUUCACCAUUGUGACUUCUUAUAAAGAGCAGUGUAAUCCAAGUGCAAUAAAUUUGCAAGGAAUAAACAGUGAGACCUGUCUAUAUGAUGAAAUAUGAUGACCUGUCUGCUGAUAUUUAAAUUAAACUUUUGUAUAUUUUCAGAAGGA